AUGGACGGUAGCCAGUCUGCCUUGGUCCACAGCAGUCCUGCUGUUGAGAUAGGACAGUUUGGGGGCCUCAAAGAUGAAGUUGAAGCUCUAAAAAGGGACAAGAAUGUUCUGAUGUUGGAGCUGGUUAGGCUGAGGCAGCAACAACAGUGGACGGACUCUGAGCUCCGGGGACUGGUCCAAAGGGUGAACGUGGCUGAGAGUAGACAGGUUGAGAUGCUGCACCUCUUCAGCAGGUUCCUGCAGAAUCCUGGCCUGCUAUCUCAGAUGUUGCAGGCCGCAAACAAACGGAUGGAAAGGGUGGGUGGCGGCACUUCAGGUCGCAGGAAACGACGCAAUAGGGGCAGCGAUGUGACAAUGGAUGGAGUUGAUGGUGCUGUUGAGAAAGAGGGUGGGACUGAGGAUAACCAGCUUAUUGAGUACAAACCUCCUAGUGCUCCGGGGCAGGACUAUUCGGAUGCUUUGCUCAAUCUGUUGGACACUUUGACACAUGGGACAGCAUUCAAGACGCACAGUCCAAGCCAAAAUUCAAACCCAGGCCACACUGAGUUUGGUCCCAGCAUUCCACUGACAGACGCCCGGCAGGUCGAUCCACUUGCUAGUUUUGCAGACCUUUCAUCCCCAAGUGCAGGUACAGAGCUUGAAAGAGCGGGUCUUGCUCUGGGCAUUCCUGUGGGGCCCUCAUCAAGCACAUCGAACCAACCAAGCGCCCUUGAAGCCAGUGGGGUGGGCCCAUCGAUGUAUUCAGACCUUGCAAACCUGCAGGCUCCUGGUCUGACCAAUGCAUCGGGCUUUCCUUUCACUUCCCUGCCAGGAGGCCAGCCAGAUAUUGUGUUUCCGUCACUGGACAACGACACCAGCGCAUCGGUGUCUGGGGCAGUUGGGGUGCCAAUGGGCCAAGAAGCUUCUAAAGCGAUGGAUCUUGCAAGUGCAGGAAGCAGGACUGCGUUCAAUGCAGAGGAUGGCCAGUCUACAGAGACUCCCACAGAUGGAUACGGGAUGAUCACCCCUUUUACUAUGGGAUCAACUGCACCCAUUUCCGCUGGUUUUGCCCCGCCUAAUGGGCAUGAUCUUUCCAUGGAUUUGCCUGACAGCCUUCCCUCAUUGAAGUCUGCAGAGCUUAUGAUGCUGGAGUCUGAGUCACUGCACAAUUCUUUCCAGAAGGACGACUCUCUGUGGAAGGAGUUUUUGACUACCCCUGAAGAAUCUUGUGGUCUGGAGAGUUUAAAUCUCGAAGACCAGGCAGAGAAUUGA